CGAACUCAAGAGGCGGAGCAAACAAUAGUUCGUUCUUGACACUAUGAUACUACAUUAAGUAUCGAUGUAUGUUUUGUUUGGCCCCCCCCCGACAUCGCUAUACAUAUUCUCCGACGUACAACGUGUGAUGGGAUUCACUAUUCACUAGUGUGCCACCGAACACUUCAAGCGGCCUAACACCCGCACAACAUUGGACAGCGAAUCCCAUCCCCUCCCCUUGCUCGGUUCCUCUUUACCCUGUCCACCGUGUCGUCGCAUGCUGGUGGGCCGAAAGUGGCACGCAUCGCUUCUGCGACCAGUGCCUCACACGACGAUAUCGACGUGAUCACUCGCCCCCGCUUAUCUGGCCAGGAUAUCGAGCUCGUGGAGUAUCCUGUCCCACCCUACACCUCAACCAGGACCUGGCAGUCACACAUCGGAUCUCAGGAAUUUGACUCUCGACCGAUCGGUCGACGCCCAUUACUUGAUCGUACUUCUCAAACGGGAACGCUCGAGCAUUCGUAUCCAAAUUCCCGCCAAACUCGUCAGCACGUCCAGUGGGACACGCCAAUUCGCCUCAAGUAUUGGGUAGAGGCACUUCAUCGUCGCUCACGGUUUCCGGAACCCCAGUCCAAGAUGAAGUUCUCCCACAGUAUCCAAUUCAAUGCGGUUCCCGAAUGGAGCUCGUAUUAUCUUGCAUACAGCAACCUCAAGAAAUUGAUCUACUCUCUAGAACAGCAAGUCCGCAAAACCAGUGGGCAAGCUCAAGCUGAUGUCGAGUCGGCUCCUUUGCUAGAUAGUACUCCGAAUACCGAUGCGAUAUUUCGGAAGGCUCUAGACGCAGAGCUAGAGAAAAUAUGCACUUUCUACCAGGACAAAGAGCUAGAGAUUCUCAAGGAAGUCGAAGAGGUGAUUAGAGAUGCGGAGGAGUAUGCUUCGGAGGCCGAUGGCAUUAAUGUGGACCCAAUGAGCGAGCAUAUGACCAAGACAAGGACGACGAGUUCCAGCUCUCGGCGGCGUUCAGGAAAUGGGUAUCAUGAUUUCCCACUAAAUCAAGAUCGGCGCCGUAGCAGUGUUACCGAGUCCGUUGUGGAUGAUGAUGACGACGCCGAUAGUGACGACGAGCGUCUGUCGGUACAGAACGGCCGACGCCUAUCUCACGGUGCCGGGUCUGCUAAUCCUGAUGAUGGCCGUACGGACUACAUUGGCGAAUCUGGCUAUAUGGGGGAUUCGAGGGCCUGGAGAUCUAACAGGGCCCAGGUUGAGCAUUUCGGUGACCCAAAGGUUCUAGAUCUGUACAAUUCUGGGCUUUCUCUGAAGAAACGGGCAGUGGACGCAUACGUCUCUCUUUGUGGGCUAAAGUCAUACAUUCAGCUGAAUAAAACCGGGUUUUCAAAGGCUUUGAAGAAGUACGAUAAGAUCCUUGACCGCAGCUUACGACGGGAGUACAUGAACUCAAACGUCUCCUUGGCUUAUCCCUUCACUGAGUCGACCACGUCAAGGGUGGAAGCGGAUAUCCGCAAGAUCGAAAAGGUCUACGCGGAUGUCGUGACGACUGGCGAUUUGCCGCUCGCAAGGCGUGAGCUUCGGCUACACCUGAGGGAACAUGUAGUCUGGGAGAGAAACACGGUCUGGAGGGAAAUGAUUGGUAUUGAAAGGAAAGCACAAGCUGCAAACGUCGGUAUACGCAGAACUCUCCUUGGGGGAGACGAGGACCCCGCAGCUGCACGACGACAGGGUGACGAGCAGGAGAUUGCUCUCGCAGAAUUCAGGACGCCUCUGGGCGUCUUCCAUCCUCCACAGUGGCUAUGCAGCUUGAGUUUUGGUACUUUGGUUCUCGUCUUGGCUGUUUUUGUGACAUUACUCUCAGUUCCGAUAAUGGACAAGCCUGAGCAGCAAAACUGUUUGGCCAUGCUUAUCUUCGUCAGCUUGUUAUGGGCCACAGAGGUUAUCCCUCUUUUUGUGACUUCUCUCCUGAUCCCUUUUCUUGUUGUCCUGCUUCGCAUCAUGAAAUCGGAAGAGAAGCCUUACAAGCGCCUGGGACCUAAAGAAGCCACUAGUGCUGCAUUCAGUGCCAUGUGGACUCCAGUGAUAAUGCUCUUACUUGGUGGAUUCACUAUCGCCGCAGCCUUGUCCAAAUACGACAUUGCUCGUCGGAUGGCAAUGUUCGUUUUGAGCAAAGCUGGAUCCAGUCCCCGUGUGGUCCUUCUCACGAACAUGUUUGUGAGUAUGUUUUUGAGUAUGUGGAUUAGCAACGUGGCUUCGCCCGUUCUCUGCUAUUCGAUCAUCCAGCCUUUGCUUCGGAACCUUCCCCCAGAUUCAAACUUCGCUAAAGCUCUCGUCUUGGGAAUUGCCCUGGCUGCGAACGUCGGGGGCGCUGCUUCACCAAUCGCGUCACCACAAAAUAUCAUUGCGCUUCAGAACAUGCACCCGAGUAUCAGCUGGGGUACAUGGUUCUUUGUAUCACUCCCCGUCUGUAUUAUCUCCAUCCUGCUGAUAUGGGCCCUUUUGGUGUUCACAUUCCACCCCGGUCGUGGCACCACACUUGUGCCCAUUCGGCCAGUUAAGGAUAAGUUUUCUGGGGUUCAAUGGUUCAUCAGCAUCGUGACUCUGUCUACCAUUGCCUUGUGGUGCGGUAGUCAUCAGCUUGAGCAUGUCUUCGGGGAUAUGGGCGUAAUAGCCAUUAUCCCGAUGGUCCUGUUCUUCGGAACUGGCAUUCUCAACAAGGAAGAUUUCAACAACUUUCUUUGGACCAUUAUCAUCCUGGCCGCCGGUGGCCUUUGUCUUGGAAAGGCUGUUACUUCUUCCGGUUUAUUACACACUAUCGCGAAUGGCAUUACCGCUCGUGUAGAACAUCUCAGUCUCUAUGGCGUCCUAAUUGUGUUCUCCGGCUUGAUUCUCGUUAUGGCGACAUUCAUCUCUCACACUGUUGCGGCACUUAUCAUUCUGCCGCUCGUCCGGCAGAUCGGCGUCGGCAUGGAAGACCCACACCCCAACCUGUUGGUGAUGGCUAGCGCCCUAAUGUGCUCUGUUGCUAUGGCUUUGCCGACCAGUGGUUUCCCUAACAUGACCGCUAUCAUGACCGAGGUCCCUCAAACAGGCCAACGAUAUCUCAAAGUCCACCACUUCUUUACCAGGGGUAUCCCUGCUAGUUUGAUGGCAUGGGCUGUCAUCGUCACGCUCGGCUAUGCUCUCAUGUACAUAGCUGGGCUAUGAUAUGAACUCGAGUGCACGCCCCACUCUUUUUCUUUUCUUCCCACUGGCGAUUGAGUUACAAUACAUAUCCACAUAUCCACAUAUAGGACAUUAUGUGAUGCUUGUUCCACGAUAUAAGGUAUGGUUAGGGCAUUGACAAGGUGGUAGAAGGAGUACAAAUAGAACAGUAGAAAGGUUAUAUACUUUAUUUAAAACAUUUGCUUAUCUCGG